AAAUGGUCACCGCCGUGGCCACUUCUAUAAAUAGUACUUGUAACUCCGCGGAGACGUUGACUAUCGCUUGGACAUUCCCUGGUCCUGUUUCGUCUCCAUAGUGUUCUUGCCAGUGCAAGUAGUUUCGUCUUCCAAAUCAUCAAAUUAUCAAGAUGACUGGAACUGUAUCUUUUGGAUUUUUCGCCUUUGCGCUGACGGUGACAUGCUGUUUGGCGGCCAUCAAUGAAGUAAAAACCAACAACCCCGUUACGCAGAAACCGGGUCGUUUCCUCAGCUUGCCCAUCGCUCAGAAAUGUAGUCAAAGACCGAAAGAAUUCACGUACAAAGGACGCAAUUACUUCUACAGUGGACACACUCAACAGUACAAAACAUCCAAAGUAGAUUGGUUAGAAGCAAGAAAUAUCUGCCGAGAAUACUGCAUGGACCUCGUAUCGAUUGAAACUCAAGAAGAAAACAAUCUCAUUUUCCGAUUGAUCCAACAAAACGACGCUCCGUACAUCUGGACCAGCGGACGGCUAUGCGACUUCAAGGGCUGCGAGAACAGGUCGGACCUGGAGCCGAAGAGCGUGAACGGAUGGUUCUGGUCGGCCACCCGGGGCAAGAUACCGGCCACCAACCAGACGCCGACCGGCUGGACGUACAGCCCGUGGAGCAAGAGCGGCCACAAGAAGACGCCGCAACCGGACAACGCCGAGUUCGACAUCAACGGCACCGUCGAGUCGUGCCUGAGCGUGUUGAACAACGUGUACGGCGACGGCAUCGCGUGGCACGACAUCGGUUGCUAUCACGAGAAGCCGUUCGUGUGCGAGGACAGCGACGAGCUGCUCAACUACGUGGCGGCCACCAACCCGGGACUCCAACUCUGAUUGCCCACACCGCCGACACCAUCAAAGAAAAAAAAAGAUCACCACCCUCCCCCCAAGAGUCAUCCCCCCACCCCAUACACGGGAUAAGCGACAGCCGCCGGUCACAGUGCAAUCGAAAAUAUUGUAUUUCCGCCGUGUACCCCGAUAACAAUAACACUAUAAUCAUACUCGUCGACCGCGAAUUCAAAUCAUCGGAUAUGCGCGCAAUAUAGAGGGCCCCGGUGACGGUUCCGCCCACCGUUAUUACGAUGUAUCUUAAGAUUCCGCGCGUGCGUGGUCGGUUACUCGGUAAAUUACUGUCAGUAAUAAUUAGCAGCGACGUCUAUCGUCCAUGAAAAAUAUUCAGGAUUCGCAUAGCACGUCAUCGAUCCGCCGUGUAAUUCUAUAGUUUUUCAUUUCUUUCUACCCGCCAUAGUACCUAUACUAUACCGUCGUAGACUUGUAGCAAAUUUCACACGUCAUAUCACGCGAUUCACGUUUCUCCGGGGCCCCUCGGGUCGUUUUAACAACGACUGUUGUUAGUCGUGGUACGCAUAAGUCGCCCGCACAGAACGUCCGCGGUAAUAUAAUAAUAAUAUAUAGUGGUGGUGUCUCGACUUCUCGAGUCGUUCAAGUCUCCUCCGUCCACGCAGGACGUAUUUGAAAACGCCAUAGAAUUCCAUUCCGUUCUGAAUACCUGCUCGGUCGCAUACGACUCGCGCGUCUUGUCGCCUCUCACUCCGUCCCCGUCCCCCAGUCCAUAAUCGUCGUUCAUCGUCAUCAUUCCCCAUUUAUAUUUUUAUAAUACUUUAUUUAUAUUAUCAUACGUGCAUAUUAUAUGGCUUAAGUUUAUUAUUAUUAUUAUUAUUAUUUUUUUUUUUUUAUCUUACUUUUUAUAACUGAUGUAUUUCAGUUCACUAAAAUUUAGUCGCGACCGCAGUAGUUGUUGUCGCGACGUAUCUUUCGUUUUUGUAUUACAUAACUAUAAUUGUUUUCGUAUAUGAAUAAACGUUCGGAUUCAAAUAUUACACA